AUGGCAGAUCGCCAAGCGAGCGGAUCAACGGGUCCGCCACCCGAAGGUCCACCAGCCGCUGGGGUUCCACAGGAAAGUGAGAUCAAAACGACGCCAAGAACAGUUCGCACCGCCGGUGGGGAUACGGGAAUAAGUAAACUUCGAGACCACAUCGCCGAGCAGAUGGAGGGGGAGUUCAGCAUCGUCAGCGUUGAGGCAUUUAUGUCGCAUUAUCUACCAUUCGAGCCGACCGAAGACGACGUCAAGGACAUGGAGAAAUCGCUUGCCGAGAUGAAAUUGAGUGUCUUGGUUGAAGUGGAUGGAGAGCUCCGUUUUCACGAAUUCCUGGUCCCCCCUUGCAAUGCUAAUGGGACAGAGACUCCCUCGUACAGACCUCUCGAGGAUAUUUCCAGGGCGAUAGCUUCUGUGCCUGUCGAGGGACGGACGCGCAACGAAUUCAGCUUCCGUGUUUGCCCCAACACCGUCAUCAAGUCACAAAUUGCUGGCUCGGACAACAGGGUCGACGGAUGCUUUACCUCAGAGGAUCCUGAGAGCAAGACAUUGGAUACCUCUCGUCUUGCGUGUAUCCUCGAAUACAAGCUGAACCGCUUGCAGGAGGUUGAGAACAACAAGCAAGCCCUGUCGGCAAGUGUCCAGAUCAUGAAUGACGAUGUCCGUCGCAUGUUCACAUAUGGGAUUACUAUUAUCCGAGAUCGUGUUACUCUAUGGUAUCAUUCUCGGUCGCACUCGAUGAUUUCAGAGCCCUUCAGUUUUGUAAAAAACCCACAACUCCUUAUCAAAGUCUUCAUGUCAUUCCUGUUUGCCACGGAGGAGGAGCUGGGAUACGACCCAAUGGUCACUCGGGACGCGAAAGGGGACUAUAUAUACAGAAUCCCCUCUACCGAGCAGGGACAACAACGCGACCGUUUCUUCCGCACUACUGCUUCCAUCGCCGAGUAUCGUUCGAACAAUAUCACUGGUCGUAUGGCUCGGGUGUGGAAGGUGGUCGAAUGCAAUCCGAGUGGCGCUGUGUUAUCGCCCAGCGAGCCUUCCCGUGUAUUGAAGGAUGUCUGGCUGGAGGAUUCGGCACUUACUGAGUCGCAGAUUCAGUCGCAGAUCUUCGCGGACCUCAAGAAGUUCUUCCGUGACAAGCAAGACGCGCGAUAUCUUGCCUUCGAGGAGCUGCACCCUUCGAUCAGUGAAUUGGAGCAUGAGGACAGAUACGAGAAGUAUUUUAUCAAAAUCAUGACGGAUUACGAAGGCAAACGGACUAAACCACUCCUUUCCAAUUCACAAAGGAUGCGCAAGCUCUUCACCACUAUCAAACCGUUAGCGCUUCCGACGACAGCACAUCGGGGUGGUAGCGGGACUCCCCGCCCACUCGAAAGCAAGGACGCUUUGGAUGAAACUCCUCGUGAGUUUGCGCCGAGGAAGCAAUAUCGGGUCGUCUUUGGGGAGGUAUGCGAGGCUGUGGGUGACCUUAGAACCGUAGGCGAGGUUGCGGACGUCCUCAGUCAGGCAGUCGUUGCGCUUCGCCUUAUGUAUUGUGCUGGAUGGGUGCAUCGAGAUAUUAGCUCUGGCAACAUUCUGGCUCAUCCCAGCGACGGCGCGUGGCAAGUUAAGUUGUCUGACCUGGAGUACUCCAGGCGGUUCUCCUUUGAUCUGGAGCGUGAUGUAGGCAGAGACCCGAAGACGGGUACACCGUACUUCAUGCCUCACGAAAUUCUCCGGUCUCGCUACCUCAAAUUCCCUACAUCGACCCUGCCGGAUACAACGUUUGACCUCGACACUUUCCAAGAUACCGAGGACCCUGCCGCACCCCAAAUGCCACUCGUAUACAACUUCCAACAUGACCUGGAAUCCAUCUGGUGGAUCUUCCUUUGGACAAUAACCUGCCGAGUUUCCCAUCCGCCUUCAAUAGUGUUUGGCCAAGGCAUCUUCAAGAACACUAUGGACCUUUCAUCCGAGAGAUCGGCGUGCUUUGAAGACUCGAUCACGACAUCCCUCCGAACCUGCUUGCUUCCACCACUAGAGCGGCUGGCAGCGCCGUUAGAGAGAUUGAGGAGGGCCAUGGUGAAUGCCUACAUGCACCAUCAUAAGAAUCAGGAUUGGUCCAACCUCUCAUCCUACAUUCACAUUCAUAACGCUUUCCACUUUUUUUUCCUAGCAAUCGGCCUGUCUCGAGCAAAUUGGGGUGGUACUGCAUUGGUGACCAGCCAUCAGCCUGUUGCCAGUAUUGCGGAGGUUGGUAGCACCGCCGACCUCAACAAUGUCGAACAAGUCCCCAAUAUUUCAAAUCCCACUCGACGUAAACCCAGUCGACGCAAGCGCACAUUGCCACGGGACGAUGACGACUACGUGCCGAACAGCAAGGGCGAGGGGUCUAAGAAAUCGGCGCGUGCUAAACGGUCUCCAGGUAUUCAGUAG